GGCUUGGAAACUUCCAUGAAGAGACUUUCUGCUACAGUGAGGUGAGAAGCCACCCAUGCGCUCAAGCCUGGGAAUCUGGAGAGGUCUCAGGCACUUAUACCCCCAACAGAGGAAACUCACAGAGCUGCAGGCUGAGGCAGGACUUGGCUCAGAGAGGCGUCUCCUCUGGGAAAUACUGGAUUUCCUUUGGCUCCACAAUGCUGACAAGAGUGGAAUCCUUCUGGUGGAUUGACAAGCCUGGAGAAGAUACCACCUCGUUUGUUUAAAAGUUCAAGUCUGAGUUCCUGCCUCUCAGCUCUAUCAAAACUUCUUUAAAAAUAAAGGAAGUAUAGGGAAGAGGUUACUCCCCAGCAUUCUCAGGUAUCCAAAGCAUACCUAAGAAGCUGGCAGUCCGUUGCUUAUUCUGUUGCCGCCAUGCAGUCUAAGCACUUUGGGAGCCAGAACCCAAGUUGUAAGAUUACGAUCCUCCACCCCAAAAUGGAAGAAUUUGAAGAUUUCAGCAAAUAUAUUGUUUACGUGGAGUCGCAAGGUGCACACCGAGCUGGCCUAGCCAAGGUAAUUCCACCGAAAAGAUGGAAAGCCAAACAGACGUACAGUGAUAUCGAUGACAUCUUAAUAGCCGCUCCCCUGCAGCAGGUGACCACUGGGCCGGCAAGUGUGUUUACUCAGCACCACAAAAAGAAGAAAGCCAUGACCGUGAGCGAGUAUCGCCGCUUAGCAAACAGUGAAAGACACCAGACUCCAUUCUAUUCUGAUUUUGAGGAUUUGGAGCGAAAAUAUUGGAAAACACGCCCCUAUGAUUCACCAGUAUAUGGUGUGUACGUCAGUGGCUCCUUAUUCGGUAAAAUCCUGAAACAGUGGAACCUUGGACACCUGGGAACUAUUCAGGACCAGCUGGAACAGGAGUGCGGAGUGGUCAUCGAAGGCGUUAACACCCCCUACCUUUACUGCAUGUGGACGACCGCCUUCACCUGGCACACAGAGGACAGGGACCUUUACAGCAUCAGCUACCUGCACUUCGGGGAGCCCAAGACUUGGUACGCGGUGCCCCCGGAGCACGGCCGGCGCCUGGAACGCCUGGCCAGUGAGCUUUUCCCAGGCAGCUUGCGGGGCUGUGAGGCCUUCCUGCAGCACAAGGUGGCUGUCAUCUCGCCCAUGGUCCUCAAGGACAACGGCAUCCCCUUCUGUCGGGUCACUCAGUUGGCUGGAGAGUUCAUGGUGACGUUUCCCUAUGGCUACCACUCUGGCUUCAACUGCGCGGAAGCCAUCAAUUUUGCCACCCAGCGCUGGAUCGAUUAUGGCAAAGUGGCCUGGGAAUAGGGCUUUGCAUGACCAUUGGAAAGAUCUUCGUCAGAAUAAGGGAGAUUUCAGGUGGGACUUUAACAGAGCCAGCAGAUCACUGACAUUCACUAAGUUGACAACAGCCAUCUCAGCUAUGUAUGAGCAACAGCAAAUCAAUGCAGUCAGUAUUUUGGAAUUGUGCUGAGGCCCAUAUUCACAUAAUGUGGAGGGCAGUGAAGGCAUCUCCUCAGGAGACUUCAGGAGAAAUCCUCUGGAAAACCAGCUACCAGGGGAGAGAUCAGGUGUGAGAGUUGAACGGCCUAUAGAUUUAGAAUUUGAGGCUAUGCAUGGGAAAUCCUGGCGCCAGAGACGGAUAAUUUUUAGGAAAGAGCUAGGAUUAAGAAUUUGCAAAGAAAGAGCUUAGGAUCCAUUCCCUGGGAAU